AUGGGUGCUCUUGGACCCACAAGAAAAAUAAAACUGGCCCUUGCUUUCUUGGUCUCUCCUGUAGCUAACCUGAACGGUGAGAAUGAGGCAGCUGAGCGCACGCUGGAGGACGUCUUCAUCCGCAAAUUCAUCUUUGGCACCUUUCACGGCUGUCUGGCUGAUGAGAUUGUGCUGAAGCGUCGGGCCAACACUUUGAUAAUCUGUGCCAUUCUAAUACAGAAUCUCCCACCACAUAAGAUUUACUUCCUGAUUGGCUACACAGAGGUGCUGCUUUCCUCCUUCUACAAGUGCCCUGUUAAGAUGGAGGUGCAGACCAUACCUGAGAAGUUAAUUUACAAAUAUCUCUAAUCCUGGCCGAGCCCAUCAUAGAAAUAUGUUCCUGACUCCUGGCUGAUACUGAUGGUCCUUCACACAAGACCCAGUGGGAUUUUUGCUGCUUUCAUCCUUGAACAGAGCAAUGUUUUCCAGCCACUGACUCUCGCUUCAGAUACUGGAAAUAGAUGGAAACACCCAGGAAAUGAAUUUGUGUGGUGUUGCUGAAAUCCAAAUAAGGAAUAUUUGUCUCCUGUUUAUGGCUCUUCCCAGAUCUUUGUCUCUUUAGCUGUAGAAUCUUGGCCUGCCCUGUUUUCUUCCCUUACAGAAGCAGGGUAAGUGCUUCAGUGUAUAAGAGGAAGGAACCUAGCCUGCAAAGAGCAGGCUGUAGGACAGAGUGAUGAGUUCUACCAUAAACAUGCUCAGACAAAAUGAUACCAAAGGUCAUACUAGAUCCCUUUCAGGCAAAGUGCCAGAGUUAAACUCUGUAAGGAGCUAUUGGGUAGUUGGCCAUGAGGUUUGUGAAGCUAAGCUUCAGACAACCAGUGCAGAAUGGCCUGGGGUGCUAGAAAUAGAGUGGCAAUAUGAGAGGUUCCUUGGAAAAAAAUGGGCCAGAAAAGUGCAUAUGUAGUACCUAUGGACAACUGAUAGCCUGGUUCUUGCUUGCUUCUGCUCUGGAAAAGAGAAUCUGUUCCAUGUACUUUGUUUUAGUCACACCCUGGAGAUAAUAUAUUCACACUCAAUAUAACAUUGGGAAGUGGUAAAAUGGGAUGAACAAUUUGUUGGCAGUCCACAUCCAUGCAUAGCCCAGGUAUGACUGGAAGCGCAGCUUGACUCUUUCCUUCAGGGUGCUUCUCUCUGUAGUGAGAAUCUAGGAAAACGAUUUCCCACCACAUGUCAUGCUUCCUUGAGGUUGUCAUGUUUAACAAGCCUGAGUAACUGGCAAAAUCCAUGAGGGACCAGUGGCAUCCAAGUGUUGCAGCUAUUUGAAAUAUAAAUAAAAAAUAAAAGUAACGUGGUGCCCAGCUGGACCUUGCCCGAUCUCAAAAAA